AGUCAUGCAAGGCUAAUGCUUUCUGGACACACACACACACACACACACACACACACGCAAACACAGCUGCAGCAGCAGAGACUCCCCUACUGGAAGAGAAGGAGGAGGAGGAGGAGGAGGAGGGCUGAACGCAGGAGGGGCAGCAUCCUGUUCGCUGUGGAAAACGUUAAUAACGGACGAACUACUCCAUCUCAGACAAGACCAAAAAUGCUGAAGCAAGAUCGUCCAGUGAACCAGGCUUAUGGAGGCCCGAAACCUGGAAGUGCACCUUCAACACUGCGUAUCCUCAGCAGCAGCCAGAGGAAGUGUGAGAAGGAUGGGAACUUUAACUUCUUGGGACAAGACGACAGCACACUGACAGGAGACGAGAACCGCAACCAGAUGCGUCCCAGAGCUCUGGGGCUGUUAGGUCGUGAUGCACCAAUCUCUGCUAACCACUAUGGGCCUGGACCCCUCUCUCCCCUAUCCCGCCUGCCCUGCUGGAGCCCACUGGAGCCCCUGCCCGAGAUCGAAAGUGGGGACGACACUGGAGGCAGAGUUCCUCCUGAUGGGGCUGAGGAGGGUAAGAUUGACGAGGAGAUGAGGAGAGUGAGCGAUGACGAAAAGGAGAAGUCCAAGGAGCUUGUAAAAGGUAGAGAACAAGAACAGGAGGAACAGGAUGAGGAUGAAGAAGGGGAAGAGGGGAUAUACUGGGAUGACAGUGAUGAAGAAUUUGAAUUCAGCUACAGAUCAGGGAGCUCAUCUCCUCUCAGCAUUGGGAGUGGAGAUGUGGCUGGAGGAGACUCCCUCAACUCCAUCUGGGACCGUGUCUGUGUGGGAGGGUCAAAUGGAGAAAGUGUGGAGGUGACCACAAACCCAGAUGAAAAACAGAAGCAGGAAGAGGACAAGGAGAAGAACAAGGAGGCAGGGGUGCGCCGGAAAAGCCGUGGAAGCUCCAGCAUGUUGGAAGAAGCCUCCUCAGACACAGACAGUGACCCCAGCUCUGAGCUGCCCGACCUCAUGGAAGCGGUGUGGACCCUGCAGGACCGAGAAAGGUUCAAAGCCCAGGAGAUGGAAAAGCAUCAAGCCCAGCUAACCAUGUAUCGGCGGCUCGCUCUCAUCCGCUGGGUGCGCACCCUGCAGGGUCGUGUUCAGGAACAGCAGAACCGGCUCCAGUCCAGUUUCGACAUCAUCCUUACCCACAGGAAAGAGCUGCUGCGAAUGGGUGCAGCCGCCGCCAGCCAAUAGCAAGCUAGGUGGAAAAAUAAGAGUGGAGAGAAUCAUGGGACCAGCUGAUGACCAAGGCGAAAACAAAGGACUAUGAGCGUUGACGUCAUGUACAGGGAAGAUUCCUCCGUUUAUCUCUUUUAGACUCUUUUAAAAAAACAAGUGGUUCUCACCCCCAGGCAUGGGGACCGACCCAGUGUCCUGCACAGCUUUAGUUAUUCCCAACGCAAUACACACAAUCUAAUAAUGUAUUAUCUAAUAAUCGAGGCCUGGAUAGGUUCUUUCGUGGCAGGGAAUACCUAAAAUACCACCUGUGCAGGACAGUGGAUCCCCAGGCCUGGAACUGGGAACCACUGUUUUAGGCCAAAUGACUUCUAACCUUUGUAAUCCCUCACUGUCACUGUCAGCUAGGCCUGCCACAAUAAUUACUUUACCAGCCUAUCAAACAAUAAUAUAUGGGCAUGACCUUAAAUAUUUUCAUUGGCUAUUGUAUUCCUUUCGUAAGAAGUUACACCAGUAUGUUGACUUUGUUUAAAAACAGUAAUUUUUUAUUUAUUGUUGUUUUUUGUAGGAUAUUUGAACAUUGUUGUAUAUUUCAGUUACAGUUAUUUUCCUAAAAAAUAAAACUUCAUUGCACUAUAAAAGCAAAUAUUAUCUCUGUAUUAUCAUUAUACUAGUGACAUAAAAUGACUUAAAUCAGUGGAAUAAAAUGACAAUAGUUACAUCCGAAACAAUAUACUGUUUUAUUGUUUUAUUUUGAUCCUCAUUAGCUGCUAAGAGCAGCUAUAUAGUAUAUAAAAUCCAAUAAACAUUGGUUUUUGGUUAGUGUGACAGGCCUACUGCCAACCAGUGUUGUCUAUGUAUGUGCUUUAAACUGUACUAUUUUCUUUGCUUUCAUCUGCUGUAUUUCAGAUUUACAGAAGCAUCUGUGCUUGCAUUGAAGCAGAACUGUGCAUGCAUGGCUUGUUGUUCUUACACUGUAUCUGCUAUAUGUGUCCUAAGUAUCCAGUAUGAAUACCAGUCAUAAAUUAUACAAAUAUUUCUUCUAAAAUAUUUGAAAAGUGUUAUGUUUAUUACAAAUAUCUUUAAAAUAUAUGAGAGUUUAUUAGAUUUGUUGUAUUAAGUGAAUUAAUGAAUAAAUUAUAUUUAAGUUUU